UCAAGUGCCUUGCUAGAUAGAGUUGCAGAUGCCUAGAAAAGCAGGGGAAACUGCAUUAGCAGUCGCGAAAUUGUUAGCGUUUCGUAGCUCGUGCACGUACCAACGAAGCUUCCGAUUUCAAUGUCGAGGCUUACCUUUCCUCGACAUGGCACUGUAUCGCAGGACUGUUGCGGCCUCCUAUUGAUGUUUGUGUUGUCUUUCUUCUUUGGCAGCCUACAAAAUGGAGCAACGAAGCCCUGCCAGGCGUCGGUAGACACAACCGCGGGGCGGUCAAUGACUAGUGCGAACUCCCCAGGUAGACUUACCCAGGCUGUGGAAAAUCCAAACAAAGUCACUCCCUCGAUCGUUGCUUACAAGUGUUGAUAGCAAGACUAGGAAACUACUGCAAUGAGCUCUCAUCGAUACUCUCACCAACUCUCGUCUCUUUUGGG